UUUUGUGCUUACUAUUGACAAUUGAAGGUUUGGACAUUGCCUUAUGAUUUCUAUUGUAUUAAUACAAUUUUAAGGUAUGGUUUUAAGGUUUUUUUCUAUUUAAUGUAGGCUUCUAAGUAUAAUAUUCUGUGAUAUAAAAAUGGACAGAAACUGGUCUGGGAUGGUGGACUUCAGGGUGCCCAUGAUCUCUCUGCAGGCAUAUACAAAAAUAGUUUAAAAUUAGUGACCUUAGUGUGAGUAGUUAUAGUUAAUACUAUAAUGAAGGAUUUGGUGUCUUGCUGUGAUGUUACAGAUCAUUUCAGUUGAAGUAUACUUGGCCUAAAAUGUGACAACUUUUCUUUAAAUUAUGAAUUAGAAAAGAUUUUACUGUUUAAAAAAGAGUGCCUUUUCUGUACAACAUUGAAGAGUCUAGGUAGACAGUAUUUUAAAAGCUCUUUGAUAUUUGAAUUGGGUAGAAUACAACUGUAUAAAACUCAGAUAUGCAGUCUGCUCAAGUUACUAAAGAUAAACACAUCAUACAUUCAAUAUCAGACUUUGCCGCAAGGUUUCAUUGCCACGUGGAAGUACGCAUGCUCAUUUCUUCUGAGACUGCAUGAAGUGUGAGCUUUCCAGUUUCCCUUUUAAGUCAUUAAAUAGUCACAGCAGUUUAGAAAUGGAAAAGUUUGAUUGCUUGAGAGAAUAGUUCUUGAGUGAAUUCUUAAAUUACAAAUAAUAGUUUUGUUUUAAAGAGAAGCUUUAUUGCACGGAAUGGAUACACAGAUAUUGAAAGGAGAAAAGAAAGUUAUCUGCAUCCUAGUUCUCCAAAACCUGGCAAGCUGGCAGAGCUAGAAUUAGCUUUACAGAUGGCAUUGGCAACAUAUCUACAUAUCUCUAAGCCCUCAUCCCCUGCCUUUUCUUCAACCUGUCCAUCAAUUACAAUACCCAAUCACUGCUCAGAGAUGAAGAAAGGGGUUGAUCCCAGCUCACAGGAUCCUGUUUGGUUAGAAACGUCAGUGCUGCACAACCCAGGGCUGAGUCAGUGUCUGUGAGAAAAUGAACUGAAUUAAUAUAUAGAGGGGGUUGUGUCUCUGAACAUUUAAAGCCUAAGUAACCGCAACAGCAUUAUUACACAGUAGAGGGAGGAAAGCUAAAAGAAGUCUGGACAGUACCCCUUCGCGUGUUGCUAAAGGAGGAGUGGACCACACCAAAAUGAGUCUACAUGGUGCUAGUGGGGGGCAUGAGCGAUCAAGAGAUAGACGAAGGUCAAGUGACAGAUCGCGAGAUUCAUCACAUGAAAGAACAGAGUCUCAGCUUACUCCUUGUAUUAGAAAUGUUACUUCUCCAACACGACAGCACCAUGUUGAACGAGAAAAAGAUCACAGUUCCUCUCGUCCAAGCAGUCCUCGUCCUCAAAAGGCAUCGCCCAAUGGUUCCAUCAGUAGUACUGGGAAUGGCAGCAGAAACAGUAGUCAGUCAAGUUCAGAUGGUAGCUGUAAGACAUCUGGAGAGAUGGUUUUUGUAUAUGAAAAUGCAAAAGAAGGAGCACGGAGUGUAAGAACAUCAGAACGAGUAACGCUAAUAGUGGAUAACACUAGAUUUGUUGUAGACCCAUCCAUUUUUACUGCGCAGCCAAAUACAAUGUUAGGCAGGAUGUUUGGAUCUGGCCGAGAACAUAAUUUUACACGUCCCAAUGAGAAGGGAGAGUAUGAGGUAGCAGAGGGAAUUGGUUCCACUGUGUUUCGAGCUAUCCUGGAUUACUAUAAAACAGGAAUAAUCCGUUGUCCUGAUGGCAUAUCCAUUCCUGAACUGAGAGAAGCAUGCGAUUAUCUUUGUAUCUCUUUUGAAUAUAGUACUAUUAAAUGUAGAGAUCUCAGUGCCCUAAUGCAUGAGUUAUCAAAUGAUGGUGCUCGGAGACAAUUUGAAUUUUAUCUGGAAGAAAUGAUCCUCCCUCUUAUGGUAGCUAGUGCCCAGAGUGGUGAAAGAGAAUGCCACAUAGUGGUGCUUACAGAUGAUGAUGUGGUUGAUUGGGAUGAAGAGUAUCCACCACAGAUGGGAGAAGAAUAUUCACAAAUUAUUUAUAGCACAAAAUUAUAUAGAUUUUUCAAGUAUAUUGAAAACAGAGAUGUGGCCAAAUCAGUGUUGAAGGAGAGGGGUCUUAAGAAGAUUAGAUUGGGAAUAGAAGGUUACCCUACCUACAAAGAAAAAGUAAAGAAAAGGCCUGGAGGUCGCCCAGAAGUGAUUUACAACUAUGUCCAAAGACCCUUUAUCCGAAUGUCAUGGGAGAAGGAAGAAGGAAAGAGUCGGCAUGUAGACUUUCAGUGUGUAAAGAGCAAAUCUAUCACUAACCUGGCAGCAGCUGCUGCAGACAUUCCCCAGGACCAGCUGGUAGUCAUGCACCCAACUCCCCAAGUGGAUGAGCUGGAUAUUCUCCCUAUGCAUCCCCCGUCGGGCAGCAAUGACCUCGAUCCUGAUGCACAGAAUCCAAUGCUGUGAUGCUGAUGUUCCAUGAAACCAUAGCAUGCUACUCUUCACAGUGACGCUGUACUCUCCUCAUUCUGCACUGCAAGGCCACUCUUCUUCAUUGUAAGAUGCACAUAACGUUUAGCAUAUUGCAGUGUAGGCUUUUUCAAAGACCAAAGGUAGCUGAAUGGUUUUCUUAAGUGAGUACAACUCUAGCAUCUUGAGGUUCCAGUUACAUAAAUGUUUUGUUUACCAGUAGGUUUGUGAAAUUGGUUCUUUGUAUGGGGACAGUCCUUUUUCACACAUCUAGGUCUUUUCAGAAGUGGUCAAAAUUGGCAGCUGGGGUACUUUCAGUCUUUUCAGAUUGGUAUUUGUUAUACCCCAGAUAAAAUGCAGAAUAUUAUAUAGUUGCACUUUAUAAAUGGUGGUCAAAUGGAACUGUUCAAGCCAUUUUCUAGUUGUGAUGCACAAUAUAACUUAAAUAAGUGCUUCUAUCAAAGUAUUCCUUCAGUAAGAUGUGUAUAGUUUGCUGCCCAUGAUGAGCAAAAAAUGAGUAUUUAUCUUGGGCUUAUUUGGGUGAUUAGGAUGAGUCAGUGCCCACGUCUUAUCUGUUCACUUUUCUCCAGUGCCAUUUCACCCUUUCAGAGUGAGUCACAUGCAAGAAGUGAACAGCAGAGGUGGUUUAUGAUCCAGUUUGCCUUACCCUUAAUCUGUUCACAGAUAUUUAUUUACUAAUACUUUUGAGAGUUUGGGAUAGGAAAAUGAAGUGUUUGCUCUUCAUUUACUAAAUGAUUGUAAACUCAAGUUUUUUCAUCAAUAAAAUUCCAUUGUUUUAA